AUGGCUGCCGCGAAGCAUGCGACCUCAGCAGAAUCCAAGGCCGCCGCGAAGAUGCACAGACGAUCGCGGUCGGGUUGCUUUACAUGUCGACUGCGGCGGAAGAAGUGUGAGGAAGGUAGGCCAUCUUGCAAAGCGUGUCGGCACCUGGGGCUGGUUUGCGACUACAAGCGACCCAUGUGGUGGAGCAGUGGCGACCAGCGACGACAGCAGAAGGAGCACAUCAAGCAGAUCAUCAAGCGCACGCAGCUGUCGAAGAAGAGCGCGCAGACUCCGUCGCAACCUUCGCACCAGCACCAGACGACUCCGCCGAGCUUGUGCCAUUCUGUUCCAACGUCAGCGGACUAUUACCCAGACUCAUUACCGCAAACGCGCGCGCCUUCUGUGGGCUCACCUUACUCCGGUGGCGGUUAUGACUAUGCGCACAUUUCGCCCGAUGGCUACUUCUCAAUGCCUCCCCCACCGCAACCGAUGGUGCACCACCCACAGUAUCCGAUGUUUUCGCCUUACGAAAUUGACAUCAAGACCGAGCGCCAGAUCUUCGUCAACGACGUUCCCACCCGGAGAGAUUCGACUAUAUCAACUUUCAGCACUUUCCAGCCACCGCCUGCACAGGAUGGCAUGCCCGCGUAUCCGGCCGACAGCUGGGUGCAGCAGGAGUACCAUGACACGAUCCAUGAGACCUUCAAUGAGGAGCCAGUGGAUUUCAACUUCUUUGAGUUCCCGCAUGACUCGUUAAGUCCAAACCACGAAGCAGUCAUCAACGUCGAGGAGUGCGAUCAGUAUCUGCUGAACCACUUCUUCGACAAGGUGCUGAAGCUGAUCUUCCCGAUACUGGAUGCGAAUCAACAUGGUUCUGCGCGCGCCGAUGUGAUUCUGCCGGCGCUGGAGUCCAACACGGCAUACUUGCACUGCUGUCUCAGCAUAGCCGCGGCGCACAUGAAGGCGACGCAGUCAUUAGACAGCGAGCAGCUCGAGAAAGACAUCGUUCGCCACCGGUACGUUGUCAUUUCGGAGCUGUGCGCAGCGCUGAGUCAAGACACCAACCACGCCGGCAUCCUGGAAGCGACUCUCGGCAUGAUCUUUUUCGAGUGCUCAGUCGGGCGACCGGACGAUGCGCUGCCUGAGAUCCCAUGGCACCAGCAUUUCCAAGCUGUGACGAACCUCGUGCAGAAGCUCGAUCUGCCGACUACCGUGCUUGGUCUUGCUGGCAGCGCUCAGAAGCCUCCGUUCAAUAUGGCGUUGACUUCCUGGAUCGACAUCCUGGGCUCCACAAUGCUUGGACGGUCACCUGCCUUCUCGGACAUGUACCGCGACCUCAACAUGAGCCACGGCAGCGCCGGCCUGUACGAGCUGAUGGGCUGCGACGACAAAGUCAUGUUCCUGAUCUCCGAAGUCGCCUGUCUCGACGUGCAAAAAAACGACGGCCUGAACGAAAUCAUGCUCUGCAAGUACGUCGAGGUCCUGGCCCGCGAGAUCCGGCAGCUGGAAGUGGCUUCCAAUACCGUAACGACCUGCUUCUCCGGCACCGGCGCCAUCCGGCCCAAACAGCUCGCCACGAACAUCACCGCCAUCUUCCGCGUCGCCGCACGCAUCCACCUCUGCUCCCUCGUGCCGGGCUACUACUUCAGCCAACCCAGCACUUGCCACCUCAUCUCCGAAUUCUCCACCCUCAUGGACUUCAUCCCGGCGGGCCCAGAAGGUUUCGAUCGCUCCCUCGUCUGGCCCCUCUUGGUCGCCGGCGCCAAUUCCACCGCCGUCUCACCUUUCCGCUCCAUGUUCGAGGCCCGCUGUCACAGCCUCGGGGACGCGGCGAAUUUUGGAUCUUUCGGCAGGAUCCGCGAAUUGCUCAAGGAUAUCUGGCAGCAGAACGACGCCAUCUCAGCCCGAGGGGAGUGCCAGGGCGUCCACUGGCGGGACGUGAUGCAGCAGAAGAACUGGGACUUCUUGCUCAUUUAG